GUCAUUUGGGACGCAAAUUAUGCUUGGAGAUUAUGAGAAGACGAAGAAGAAAAAACACGUCCCCUGCCGUCCUAUGAACGAAUCUUUCUGUAGUGUCGUUAGUAACGGAGUGACGCUGUCUUGUUUCUACGCGCAACCCAGAAGCACAGCAGGGCUCUUCUCGCUAACGUUUAUUUCAAAUCUUCCAGUCCUGCACCUCAUUUCCAGUCUAUUUUCAUGACACCGCCUUUUGAUAUUCGAACCAUAUGUUAACGCUCUAUAUUUAAUUCUCGUGACGUUUAUUUUUCUUCUUGCCACGUUGAAACUCCUCUGCACCACUCUGCUGUAAUGGCUGAUUUUGGGUUCAAUGAGCAUCAUCAGAAUGAGGUGAUAAACUACAUGCGCUUUGCCCGCUCUAAUCGGGCACUGAGACUAAAGACAAUCGACUCCUGCUUCCAAGACCUGAAAGACAGUAGGCUCAUGGAGGAGACAUAUACAGUGGAUGAGGUUUCUGACAUGCUGGACGGGCUGCAGGUGCUGGUGCGUGGAGAAGUGGAGAUGGAACUCAUAAACACAGCUCACACUAAUGUGCUGCUCCUGCGACAACUCUUUUCCCAGGCAGAGAAAUUCUACCUAAGAUUGCAAACAGACAUUUCUGAGCUGGAAAACAGGGAAUUACUGGAGCAAGUAGCUGAGUUUGAGAAGACUGAUUUCAAAGCCAACAGCAAGGUAAAUCAGGAGACUACUAAGCCAAAAUUAGCACCACUGAAUGAAGGAGGUGUGUCUGAACUACUCCAGAAGGAGAUUACCAGACUACAAGAGGACAAUGACAAACUGAAAGCUAGACUCAGAACUUUGGAAUCUCAGGCUAUGAGUGCUCUGGAUGAGAAGUCCAAAGCAGAGAGAGCCUUGAAAGACCUUCAGAAGAGCCAAGGUGAUCAACAGGCUCAGGAGAUCACAAAUAUGGAAGGCACAGUUGCAGCGAUGCAGGCUGACUUUGAAAAGACCCUGAAUGCAAACGUUGCUUCUCAAAAAGACCUGCAGGACUGCCUGGUAUCUGCUAAACAUGACCUGCUCCGUGUUCAGGAGCAACUUUCUCUUGCUGAGAAGGAACUGGAGAAGAAAUUUCAGCAGACGGCUGCUUACCGCAACAUGAAGGAGAUUCUCACUAAAAAGAAUGAACAGAUUAAAGAUCUGAGAAAGAGAUUACAAAGGUAUGAAUCAGAUGAGUGAAUUUUAACACACAAGGACACACAUGAAGAGGUCAACAAAGAUUAUCGCUACUGGAUCUAAUUUAUCAGUUACACCUUGUUGUACAGUUCACAGUGGAUAAAAAUAUUAUUUGGACAUUCACUCUACUAUAACUUUGUUAUUCUUUUUGCAAGUAUCCUAUAUAUUUUGUGGGUUCACUUUUGCUUAGGAUGAAAUGUUUUGCCCAUAGCUUUGCUCCCUUCUUUACUGGAAGAAUGCAGCUCAACACUCUUGUCAAAAAUUAUUAUUUCAAAGAACUACAUAUCUGUGCAUUAUAAUAAUAACAAUUCUUUCUUUUUAUGUUUGUAUGCAUACAUUAAUCUCGUUAAUCUACUAAGAGUUUAGCUGUAGCGACAAGUAUACAACCUAUAGAAAAAUGUGUCUGUAUAUAAUUUUAUAAUUAAGAACAACCAUAUGUGUAAUGUAUAAACAGGCAUCAAAAAUGUUACAAUUAUUAAAAACAAAAAUGUUGGUUUUUAUUAAAGGAAUAGUUCAGCCAAAA